AUGUCUCUCGCCCCUGCCAGGGGUUCUUUACAUCUUUGCCAGCGGGGGGGGGGGGGGGGGGGGGGGCACAUCAACAGAGGUCAUGGUCCAGAUGUCACAGAAGGACGCCUUGCAAACGCUCUUCUCACGAGCUCACUCAAGUCAAACGAUCUUCCAGCCGAGGCUCAUGACGUCUGGGCAUUUUCCAAAGCCUGGAACGUCGCCCUAACCACGAGGAAUACGAUGAAGCCCAGCACGACCGCCGGCAUGGCAGUUUUGGCUCAGCUGGCCAAAGUUGAGGGACCUUUGUGCCUGCUGGUAUCACAGGAUCCGAUCGAAUAG